GGGCUAUGGAACAGCGGCUGAGUGAAUGGCCCAAACCACCACAGUCAGCCACCAACUCGCCGAUCCAUCAAAGCCAACAACAGCAACAACAACAAUCAACAUUAACCGCACAGCAAUCAGCUAGUCUUCCCACCCAAGAGGCUGAGAAAACCAUCACCUCAUUGGAGAUACAAGUUGAGGAACAACGUCAAUUGCGUCUACACGACGCUCGACAAGUCGAAGCAAAAGCGGCCAAAAUCAAAGAAUGGGUCACCAAUAAACUGCGUGAACUCGAGGAGCAAAAUCAAUUGUUACGCGAACAGAAUGUUAAAUGUAAUCAACAAUUGGAGCUAUUAAAAAAUCAUAUCGCCAAUCAAUCGAACCGACACAGCAUUGUCGGACCACAUCCAGUGCGCAAUAGUCUGAGUUUGGAUGUGCAAGAAUUUGCCGAUUCGGCAGAGGGACGAAGACGCAGCGAAAGUUUAGAUCCGCAAGAGAUCAUCAAUCGCCCAUUAACCGCUUCAUAUCCGCAUCAUCAGCAUCGACGCAAUCUCAGUAUGGAACCGCAAGAGCUCGAACGUAAUUUAGUUGCGGCUGUAGAUGGUUUAACGCUCACACCACUAGCCAGCAUCUCGAAAGCGUCCACAACGCGACCGGAUAGCUCGGAUACCGAUACAGCGCACGAUUAUGCUGAGAUCUAUACACCGUCGUGUGAGAAGCUGCCAGCCUGGAUGAAAAACAAUCCAGCGUUGAUGGCGAGCGGCGGCAAUUCGAGCACCACAACCACUACCAGUGAUCUGGGCGUGCCACGUCCCCCCACGCCACCAUUACAUCGUUUUCCCAGCUGGGAGGCGAAGAUUUAUCAAGUAGCCAACGAUGGGCUGAUUGGCGUGAGUGAGGAGAACCUAGUGCAACAUCAGCAGGAUGUGCAUCCAACGCAGACGCAGUCACAACCGCCACCCGACAUACAGGAGUCCACAAGUGGCGCGGCGUCCGCAGGCAGCAAUAGCGCCUGCAAUACGCUAGCGAACGGCGGCGGUCACGGACGUGCUACGCCUUCAAACAACGGCACAUUGGGCAGCACGCGCGGUGAGAGUGGCACUGGCGGUAAUGGCGUACCGGGCACACCACAGCUGCCCACACGGCAGCAGCAGACUGCAAGCGGAGGUUUCUGUGAUAUAUCGGUGCCCGUUUAUGCCACCGUCAAAGGGCGCGCUUCCCAAAUACGUUCCAUGCCCUUCACGGGCGACUCCAGUGAUGACUCGAGCGAUGGCGAAGAUCACGCCGUUAUGCUUACGCACAAUUCACACAACUCAUCGAGCACCGACAACACUGAAACAUCCACGUCGGGUAGCGCAUCGAGUCCUUCGAAGAGUCUAAAGACAUCGUCGAGUUUGAGCCCGGCUAAGCGCAGCGGUUCAGAGAGCCCAAAGAAUACGAAAGCUCGUGCUCACCAAAUGCACAUAUCCACCUCACAUUACACCAACACAAAUAUCAAACACAACAAUCAUUACAACACUAUGCACACCUACAACAAUACACAACAUUUGGGUCCUUACACCAAUACAAAUACAUUACCAUUACCAAAUCACAACAACAAUGCCAACAAUCACGCGACUACCAACAAUCAUCUACGUCUCCCCCACAUGCGUGGAACAGUAAUUUCAGAUAUUUCCUUUGAAUCAGGCCUGUCGGAUGAUUACGCUUUGCCGCCGGAUGCGGUAUCAGAGUCCACGUGCAUGGACGCCUCCAUGCCGUCGCUGCUAAUGCGACAAUCGUAUGUGGAUUCGCCAAGCAAGAAGAUCGAAUCGCUCGAAAAGAUGGGUCAUCUCGCCAAACUCGGUGGCAAACUAAAGACGUGGCGUAAACGUUGGUUUGUGCUUAAGAAUGGCACACUUACCUAUUGGAAGAGCCAACACGAUGUAAACCGUAAGCCGCAAGGUCAGAUCAUGUUGGAUGAGGCGUGUCGCAUUAAUCGCGCCGAAGGUGCUUCCACUUUUGAGAUUGAUACUGGCAAGAAGGUCUACUAUCUCACCGCCGAUUCGAAUGCAACUAUGGAUGAUUGGAUACGCGUGCUGCAGAAUGUGCAGCGUCGCAAUGCGACCAAGCUGCUGUUGAGUCGUGACGAUCAGAAGCCCACCAUACAGGGUUGGGUCACAAAAGUGAAGAAUGGACAUGCGAAGAAAUGUUGGUGUGUGCUUUUGGGUAAAAUGUUCCUCUACUUUAAGGCGCCCGGCGAGACGAAUCCGCUUGGUCAGAUAAAUAUGCGCGAUGCACGCGUCGAGGAAGUCGAACAUGUUUCCGACUCUGAUUCGGAAGAGCGUGAAGAGCCGACACAAAGUCAGGCACGUCUUACCGUCGCCAUUUAUCCAGCACAUCAAGGUCCCACAUACCUUAUACUACCCGGCAAGCAGGAACGUGAUAAUUGGCUAUACCAUUUAACUGUGGUGUCGGGUGGUGGUCCAAAUGCGGGCACACAAUACGAGCAACUCGUACAAAAACUUAUGGAGACUGAUGGAGAUCCCAAUUGUGUUCUAUGGCGCCAUCCAAUUUUAUUGCAUACCAAAGACGCCAUCACAUCGCCGCUUACCUCGCUACACUCGGAAGCCAUGCAGCCCGAAGCUAUUAAAUUGUUUAAGAGCAUUCAACUCUUCAUGUCAGUGGCUGUUAAUCAACCCGGCAUCGAUUAUCACGUCGUCUUGGCACAAAAUGCUCUACAACACUGCCUGGAUAUGCCCGAACUGCAAACGGAAAUGAUCGGCAUAUUGGUAAAGCAGACAUCACGGCACACGGGCCAGAAGCUUAGUGUCGGCGUCCAGGUAAACAAGAAACUGGGCAAGCAAACGCGCCAACUACUACUGUGCGCCACGCAGAGCCUCUUUACUUGUGAUACACAGCAAGGUGGCGCCGCACAGGCCAACGGCAGUUCACCAACAUCCAUACAGGCACCCGCUCCACCACCCAUCAUCGAUUGCAAAUCAAAUCCACCCGCCUACUCGUUCGUCCAAGGCUGGCAGUUGCUCUCACUCGCCGUCUCGCUGUUUGUACCCAAAUCGAGCCGUCUUCUAUGGUAUCUGAAGCUGCAUCUCUCGCGUAAUGCAGACACGAAAACUGAGACGGGUAAAUAUGCCGCGUAUUGUGAGCGCGCAUUGGAGCGUACAUUGAAGAAUGGCGGCCGCGAGACGAAGCCCUCACGCAUGGAAGUGCUGUCUAUAUUGCUGAAGAAUCCAUAUCAUCACUCACUGCCACACGCCAUACCGGUGCACAUGAUGAACUCCACUUAUCAGGUCGUCUCUUUCGACGGCUCGACUACAAUUGAAGAGUUCCAAACUACACUCGCGCAGGAGAUUGGCACACGCGACGCCACCAAUGGUUUCUGUCUUUUCAGCGACGAUCCGAUCGAAAAGGAUCUCGAACACUAUCUUGACCCGCUCGCUAAACUCUGCGACGUCAUCUCAAAGUGGGAGACUGCUUUGCGCGAAAAAGGUUCCGGUAAAUUCGAAAAUACACGCGUCAUACAGUUGACCUACAAGAAUCGUCUCUACUGGCGGCACACAGUCAAAUUCGAAACGGACAAGGAACGUCUGCUAUUUUGCUACCAAACGAAUGCACAGAUAGUGCAGGGACGCUUUCCGUUGUCGCGCGAUCUAGCGCUCGAGUUGGCUUCGCUGAUGUCACAAAUCGACAUGGGCGACUACUCGCACGAGAAAUCACGCGGCACGGGUAGCAAUGUUGGCAUCAAAGCGCUCGAUAAAUUCUAUCCCUACCGCUAUCGUGAUGCACUCAAUGCCGAGCAGCUGAAGGAGGUGCAAGAGCUGCUCAUCUCGAAGUGGAUGCUGCUCAAGGGACGCUCAACGCUCGACUGUGUGCGCAUCUACUUGACAUGCUGCCGCAAGUGGCCCUACUUCGGCGCCAGUCUUUUCCAAGCCAAACCGCGGCACUCCGAUCAAGCCAUGGCCUGGUUGGCCGUCUCCGAGGAUGCACUCAAUGUGCUCGAGCUAAGCUCGAUGACGCCAAUGGCACGUUAUCCCUACACCUCGGUGAUGACUUUUGGCGGCUGUCAGGAUGACUUCAUGCUGGUCGUCUCCAACGAGGAUACGCUGGCCACAUGCGGUACACAAGAGCAAAAGCUGCUCUUCGCUAUGAGCAAACCAAAGAUACUCGAAAUAACACUUCUAAUCGCCGACUAUAUGAAUGCUCUUGGCCACACCGUGCCCGGUACGCCACAAAUGAAUACGCUCACCCGCAAUGGCUCGCAUCGUUCGCUACGUUCACGUCCCGCCGGCGGUGGCACUGGUACCGGUACCGGCACGGGCACAGGACUUGGUGGUUGCGGCACCACCACAGCCGGUAUGUCCACCAAUGCGACCACAACGGCUCAUAACACGCUCAACUCGCAUGCCACGCACACGCUCAACUCAACACAUUCGCAUACACUGAGCUCGUCGCACUACAGUGGCGGCGGUGGUGGCAUCGGUGGUACACAUGUUGGUAGUCAUCAGGGUACCAUGAGCUCAUCACACGGUCACGCGCAUCACCAUCAGCCGGAUAUAUUAAAGAGUACGCCCGAUCAUCAGCGCAUCAAGUAGAGCAAACGUAAGUGUAAAUAGACUAGUGUAGACAUUAGGUGAUUAUUUAUUAUUAUUGCGCGCCAAAAAGUAUGUUCAGUUUACGAUUUAGGGAUCAGUGACCCAAGAGGGCUUUUUUUAUACAGUUAAACUAUUUCUAUCAAGCCGAAGUGACUCAGAGCCACAAACUACAUCCCCUCAUUCGAGCUAUCCAACUUUGCUCAGCCAGGUUUCGAUGGUGAAUGAAAAGCCGUACUUCGGCUAACAAAGCACAUUAUUGCCGUGAGGUAAAAAAACAAAUUUCUUCUCCGAAAUAAAAAUUUAUUUUCAUUUAGAAAGCACCAAAAGCUUGGUGAAGCUUUUUAAGAGCGAAAUAGUUAACGCUUACAAAAAAACAGCUUUUCCUGAC